AUGUCGGCAUCUCGCUGUGCGUCCGCCUCGUCCUCCUACGACUCCUUCCUAGCUCCAGGGAACGAUGAAGCGAGCUACGCACCUCUCCUUGUCUCGCCAAGCAACAUCUCUACUAUCUCGGAGGAUCUGAACCCGUUCGCCUCUCAGUCGUCUGACAUUGCCGUUCUCCUGUCUCCCGGGGCCGCUGACUGUCCAGACGACCCCAUCCCUCGCUUCGGUGCAACCUCCACCCCACCACCUCCGCUUCCAGCCGAGAAGGACGUCGAGGGCGAGCUCCGCAACGUUGUCGACGACCUUCUCCGCAAGAAGCGCGCCGCUCGCGACACCCUCGCAGAGGAGAACACCUCGCUCCGCGCCCAAGUCUCCCUGCUGCAGGAUGCGCUCGUCCAGGCGUCCGCGCAGCCCGGAUCCAUGCUCACCGACUUGUUUGCCGCACUGGAACGCGAGCGCACGCUUCGCGUGAACGCGGAGGACUCGCGCAUAGCGACCGGGAAGUACCUCGCGGAGCAGGUCGAGCGCAUCUCGCUUCAGAAGGCGCUGCUCGAGAAGACCGUCACGUCAUUCACGCACGGGCGCGACUUUUGGCGGGCGAAGGCGAUCGCGGCGCUCGAGCGGUGCGAGGCACUGGAGGAGGAGAACGUGCAGGUCAAGACGCAGCUUAACGCGAUAGUGAAGAAGCAAGACAGUAUCGUCGAGAGCCAGAUCAGCGAAGUCUUGCGCGAGGUCGCGGAGGAGCGGGACCGCCUCAAGCAGCUCGAGGACGUGCUCCCUUUCGCGGAGAGAACUAACGUGCAGGUUAAGACGAACGAUAAGCCGAAUCCGAUAAAAACAAGUGGCUCGAAGCUGGACUUGACCAAAUUGAUUGGGGAGGGCAAGCUCUUCGGUGGCAAGACCGCAAAGGGACUCGUGUCCUACAAGAUCACUCUGGACGCUCGUCGGGGUCCGCAGCAGUCCAAGAAAGAGCGGCCGUAGUGCGUUCAAUAGCCUAAUAUGAUAGCUAUAUUUGUGUUACAAGCCGUCAAUAUGCGUAUUGC